GGGUGACAGAGAAUUUCAAUCUCUAUCAGAAUAUAUAAUUACUUUUUUCCAAAAGAUAAUUGCUUAGGGAUGAAAAAUUUUAAAAACUAAUUUUGGUGACAGUGACAAAAUCAAGCCUGUGUGAAUCUGGACAUGAGGGUGCCUUCAUUACACUCAAGUUUUUUUUGGUGAUAAAUAUAUUCAAACGAAAAGGCAAAUAUACAGACUGAUAGAAAAAUCCACGCGCUUUCAGAAUAUAUCAUUAUUUUUUUUUUUAAAUACGCUGCUAUGAUAAUGAUAUCCCUAAAAUACAGACUGCAGCUUAUUGUUUCCAGGCGUAUAUAUAAAACCUAUCGAAAUUAUUUUUUUUACUGAUUAUAUAGUUUGUCUCACCCUCUAUCUAUACUAUUUAUUUGAGAUUUUUCAAUUGAUCUAUUGUUGUCAAAAUGAUUGAUCUUCGUAAAUAUGGCUUUUCUUUACUUGGACAAAAUAAAAAUUUGAAAAAAACUCAUAUAAUAAAACAUUUUGCACAGAUCAACAGUUUACAAUAUUGUAAUACGUUGCGAAUUUGGUCUAUCAGUCGAAGGUCGACCAGGAGCUGGUCGUCCAACAUAUUUUGAUAGAAAAAAUUUGAAGCGUAUGCAACAUGCUGCUGCAAAUAGUGUUGGUGUCAGCCAAAGAAAAUUAGCAACAAAAUUUGGCGUCGCACAAAUAACUAUUCAUUAUAAUUUGCAGAAAAUAUGUCUUAAAUAUUAUAAACGUCAGAAUGCACCAAAGUGUACAGAAAAACAACUUCGAUAA